AUGAGUGGCGGAGCGCGUCGUUCCGAGCGACCUCGGCCCUCGGCGCAUGGCUACCUGCUGGACGUCCCAAACUUGGAACAGGUGCAUGGUUUGGAGAUUCAGAACUGUUGUCUUAACACCCUGAUUUUAGUCCAAUACCCCUUGGGCCAAGCAAGACCAAGAGUCCCCCGUCGCCAGGUGCGAUUUGUCAUCACCAACCCAAUGGCUCUCAAGGAAAUGCCCCCCCUGCUCUCUGAGGCAGAGAUGAAGGAACACAAAGUUCCUUUGCAAUGGAGAGAUCGCUGUGCAGCCUUACUCGUGCCUCUGAACAAGUGCCGUCGUGAGACUGCCUACCUGCCCUGGAAGUGUGAGCAGCUCCGACAUGACUACGAGGAGUGCCAGUACAUGGACUUCCAGCGCCGAGCCAAGGAGUUCCGCGAGAAGAAAGCGGAUGCUUGA